AUGUAUGCUUAUCAUAAAAAAAUUAAAAUGUAUGGUUAUUUUGAAAGAAUUAUUUCAAGAUUUAGAUUUGAUUCACCCAGUCAUAUGCUACUCAGGGACAAGCGAUGGGUAGAGGAAGUCGCCCAGAAAGAGGCGGCGAUGGCACAGCCGGUUAAGAGGCAAGCAGCAGGACAAGCAGCAGGAAAUGAUGAGAUUAAGGAGGAACAGGUUUUGGGUUUAAUUGUGAA